GCAGAACACCCUUGAAGACUAUGAAAGUGCCCGGGUUGUGCUACUGCAUGUGAUUCUACCAUGGUGCUGCACUGGACCUCAGUACAUGCUGUGCUUUGGACUUUUAUGUCUUUAUUCAUAGCAAAUGUCAGAGCAUCACCAUGUGCUGAGGUACACACUACAUCAAAAGUGGUGCUUUUUGGCUCACCAGUCACAGCUUCCUGUCACUUUAAAGAUGAUUGUUUGCUAAUGAAUUUCCAAAGACUAUCUGUGGAGUGGCAUUACAAUAAUACCUUAAUCCAGAAAAUUGAAGCCAGUCAAGAAAAGAAAGUGUAUGAGAUUUUCAUACCCAGCUUCACUGACAGGCAAGCGGUGCUAAAAUGUUUGGUCUGUUCAGGCGAUACCUGCAACAUAGUUGAUGCUGUGGAAAUGGAAGCGGGAUAUCCUCCAUCUGCCCCUGAGAACCUAACCUGCCAAUUAAAUCUCAUGGAACCAAACACUCUGGUGUGCAAGUGGGACCCUGGCCAAAAAACUUUAAAUAGUCGAACAAACUACACACUAUACACAGUAAUCAGUGAUUCGUCUGAAAGGUUUUCCUAUGUCCCACUACCUGAAGAGUAUUUAUACAGGGUUCCACGUCAUGGCUUUACUUUGUACAGUACUGUGCAAGUGUUUGUGGAGGCAGUAAAUGAUUUUGGACGUGCAACAUCUGAGCUCUUAAUGUUUAACCCAAUGGAAACAGCUAAGCUUGAUCCUCCAGAAAUUAAAGUUGGGACAAAAAGGUUUGAGUGUCUAGAGCACAACUGGAGUCUCUCAAGAAAGCAGAGUUGGAUAAGAAAUAGUUUAUACGUGGAGAUAAGCCUUAAACCUGUGAUAAACAAGCUUUCAGAGAAAGAGCAGAUCACCUCUUUCAAAGCCAGACCUGGUACAAAGGAGGUGUGUGGCCUACUUUAUGGAAUGUUGUAUGAAUCCAGGAUGAGAGUAAAGUAUCACACUAAUAGCCCAUGGAGCGAGUGGAGUAAACCUGCCGUCGCUUUCACACCCAUGAGUGCUCCUACUGGCCGACUAGUCACAUGGCUGAAGCUCACAGGGCGGCUAGAAAACAGACAUCAAAAAGCACAACUUUUCUGGAAGCCAUCUUCACACUUCCGUCCCAACAGCAUGAACGUGUCUUACGCCAUCUCAGUGAAGGGGAGAAAUGUGUGUGUCACUGUUCAGCAAUACUGCUCUUUCCAAAUCCCUGCAGGGGUCAGGAAAUUUCACCUGACAGCCAUGAAUGCAAAAGGAAAAUCCUGGCCUACUGAAGUGUUAGUUCACAGAGGAACAGAAAUGGAUCCUGUAUCUCUUCUAACAGUGCUUCCACAGUCUGAUGAGUCUUUGUUGACAGAAUGGGCAAGCCCUGAAAAUCUGAUUGUUAAUGCUUAUGUGAUCGAGUGGAAAGCUUUGAAUGACUCAAACUCAAGUCUAACCUCCUUUGAAAUUCUAAACAAAAAUCAAACCAGCUUUGUGAUGACAGGUCUCGAGCCAUAUCAGCCCUAUGAAAUUUCAGUAUAUCCUAAGUAUAAGGAUGGAAUUGGUCAACCAUACAGCGUUGUGAUGUUCACAAAACAAAAAGCACCAUCUGUAUCUCCAAUACUGAAGUUUGGAAGGAUCGGAUCUUCUUACAUUGAGCUUUUCUGGGAUGAGAUUCCGCUGCUGCAGAGGAACGGAAUUAUUACUGGCUAUAGGGUUUUUUACACAGAUGAGAAAAACAACACAGGAGCUGUGGACACCAGUGCGGCCAACAGAAAAGUGAUUUUGAAAGAUCUUCAUCCUUUUUCCCACUACGAAAUCUUCCUCAUGACCAGCACACAUGGUGGAAGUUUAAAUGGCCCUGUUAUCACUGUGACAACUGUAUCUACUGAUGCCUUUGAAUUAGUUCUUUUUAUCAUCCCGGCCUGUGUUGGCUUUACAAUCCUCAUCUUUAUCAUCUUUGCCUGUUUCAGUAAUAAUGACUGGAAGAAGCAUCUAUGGCCUAUCAUUCCAGACCCAGCUAACAGUAAUAUUAAAAAGUGGACAACUGCUGAUUCACUGGUAGGCAUGCCUUCAUUUAAAGAGUACAAGGACCCUGCACUGGUCUACGUUUCCCACUUCAGCCUGUUGAGCUUGUCUGAGACGAAUCUGUGGAAGGGAGAAAAGAACCUGAAGUGUGAGAAGUGGAAAUACGAUAGUGGAAACGCUGAUGAACGCCACAGUGAUUCAUCACCUGAUUCAGUGGCCUAUAACUCAGAUCAGCGGAGUGAAUCUGUGACUUACGCGACCGUCAUAUUGUCUGCACCUUAUCGCAGCCAGCCUGUCCCUCCACCAAUCUACCUGCGAUCAGAGUCCACCCAACCCCUGCUGGAGGAGGAAGAGUCAUCCAGUCCUCGCUCGUAUGAGAAACUGUCCUCCCAAGUGAGUCUUUCUGAUGUAGACCAGUUUUCGACAUUUCAGGAGGAUUUAAGUGGAGAUGAGAAUAAGGUGACAGUUUGGGAGGAUUUUCCUAUGCUGAGCUCUUUAGAAAAUCACAAAAAGGUUUAAAUUUAUUGGCUGCGUUUGUGUACUAUUGUCUCAAAAGGUGCUGUUUUAAAUAAUGUUUAUUUUGCUCAUUUUUGACCUAAGGGAUGAUACAAUGUUAUGCAAUUUUAUUUGACCAUGUGCCUUAGCUGCUGAUCAUGUGAGGCAACUAGUAAGAUGUAUAAAAUCAUUUUAUUAAACUUUCUUUUAUAGUUUGCAAGACUUGUUUAUGACUUAAAUCAUAAAAUAACUGCCCAAUUAUGUCUCACCUGUUGUUUGUUACCCUUUUUGUAUUUCUACUACUUUUUUUAACUUUUUUUACUCUAUUACUUUUUUCUUUUUGAAUACUUUUAAUAAAUAAACAAAU